CCGCCUCACUAGGGUGCGGAUCAGGAGAGAGAGCCAGCGUGUUUUCGCCGUUGUUUUUUUUUCAUCUGGUCGCGCGUAUCGAGUGCGCCUUCGGUUAGAGGACGGACCGAGGAGGGGCGGAACGGACGACCGCGGACGGAGGAAGAGAUCGACGGGGAUCGAGGGGAUAUCCAGGAAACAAAGAGAGGAUACCGUCGAGACCUUGGAGCCGGGUCGUCGAUGCGCAGGAGCGAUGCGCAAACGGUGACGCGCGGAGGCGCCGCGAGUCGCGCGCACGUCCUCCGAGAGUCGUUCCACCGGGUCGACAGGCUCGCGACGAGUCGGGAUCGACGCGAGCCUUCGCCGCGAGCCCGGGGACCCGUCAGGGCCGGCGUCCCCCGUCUACCUAUCUCGCUUACCCCGGGCCAAAGUAGGGGAAGCGCGCGCGUCACGCAGCGGAUAAUUGCGCGCCCGUCUCCGUCCUUUCCCUGCCCCACGGUGGAAGGUGGAGGGGGAAGGAGCGACCGAGAGAGCCAGCAAGAGAGACGGCGAUACUCGGCGGAAAUAACUCCCUAACGAGGGGGAGAGAGACGGAGGCGCGUCCGCCGGCCGGCUGCGGGAGAGAGACGCGACGAGCGCGUCGGACGCUGCCGCCACCUGGCGGCGCGGGGCUCUACCCCCACCCGGCCGCCUCGCGACCAACGAGGGCCGGCGAAGCCGCCCGAGUCGGGCCGAUCUCGGACGGGCGCAUGACAUUUCGCGAGCGUCUACGUGCGGGUACUCCACGUUGCCUUCUGCGGAGCUACAUCAGUAGUGGUCGUCCUUUCAAGUCGUCGACUUUACUCCUGAUCUCCCCUAUACAACCUCCGAAUCGCCGGAUUCGACUACGAGGGAAGCCGUGACGAAAACCACCGAGGGACGAGAGUGCCGCGUCGCGUCGCCUCGUCGGCAAGGCAGAGAGCCCCGCUACCUCCGGGAGUGAAAUUAGGAGAGAAGCGGAUCGAUCGAUCGAAAGCUCUCUGAUCUAUCGGUCGAUAUCGUUUAGUCGGGUCCCUAGACCGAAGGGCCUCGUUUUUCUGGAGCGACCGGAGGUUGCGCGCCGUCCGAGAGGGGACCAGCGGCUGCGCGGCCCUGCUUGCGCGCCGACCGCCGCGCACCCUCGCGGCCAUUUUGCGAAGCCUCAGUGAUCGCAAUGGCGUCCAUUAAAGACACUGCGACUUUCUUCGCGGAGGGGACCGCUGGCCAAUUCGAGCACGUACUCAAGCUCUAUCCGCAGGCCCUGCGACUCAAGGCCGACCGGAAGACCAAAAAACCCGAGGAGCUGAUCAAGCUUGACAACUGGUAUCAGAACGAGCUACCGAAGAAAAUCAAAGCUCGGGGAAAGGAUGCUCAUCUCAACCACGAAGAACUGGUGCAAACGAUGAAAUGGAAACAGAUACGUGGCAAGUUCUACCCUCAGGUGUCGUACCUAAUAAAGGUUAACACACCCCGGGCCGUGAUGGCCGAGACCAAGAAAGCCUUCAAGAAGCUGCCAAACCUGGAGCAGGCGAUCACCGCCCUCUCGAACCUGAAGGGUGUGGGCACCACAAUGGCCUCGGCCCUCCUGGCAGCUGCCUCUCCGGAGAACGCUCCCUUCAUGGCAGACGAGUGCCUCAUGGCCAUCCCAGAGAUCGAGGGGAUCGACUACACCACCAAGGAGUACCUCAAUUUCGUUCAGCACAUUCAAAACACCGUCGAGAGGCUCAACAAGCAAACGUCCAACGGAAAGAUCUGGAGCCCACACAGGGUGGAAUUGGCCCUGUGGACGCACUACGUGGCCUCGGAGCUGAAGCCGGAGCUGCUGGACGGUAUCCCAGGGACCACGGAGAACGGGAACUCGCACCCGACGAACGGCGAGACGACGGAGCCCUCGGACGACAGUAACCAGGAGGCCUCGUCCGAGGAGGUUACGCCUCCGGGGGCGACGGAGGCCGAAGUGGUGGUGGUGGCGAACGGUAAGGAAGCGGCGAUCGACCCGGCGGCCCUCGACGACAACAGCACGGCCUCCUUCACGGAGGACUCCCUGGACAAGCCGGCGACCCCGAUAACCGGGGCGGCACCCAGCGAGGACACGAACGACUCCCUCGCGACGAACGAGAGUACCAACACCAGGCCAACCGACAGCGAGGACACCGAGGACUCGCAGGACACCACCCGGGAGGCCCGGGACGCUCGGGAGCCGCCCGCCAAGAAGAGCAAGAAGUGACCCCGCGGCCGCACCUCCCCGCCAACCCUCGCCGAUGACAACCCCCCCCUCGCCCUGGGCCCGGUCGGGGGCCUCGCCUUAAUGGCGACGAGGCGCUUCUAGCCCUCGGCGAGGCGACCCCCGAGGGCUCGAGCCUGAGACACGUGCCCGCCCUGCUGCGCCCUGCGCCCCGAUGCGUCCUCUUCGGACGAUCCUCGUCGGCCCUCGAACGAUGAGCUCCGCCGGGCCCCGGGGACCUCGUCGGGGGUGCGCGUCCAGGAGCGUCGGGACGGCGCCCUGCCCGGCGCAUGAGUGCCUGGCCGAAGAUUCGAUGCACCGCUCGGACUGGUAGGUCCAGUUUUGCGCGGCGACGCAGCCUCCUCGGGGAAACUGCGGCCAGGUCUCGCCCUCCCCGGAGGGCGCGAUCGCGCUGCGUCGCCGCGUAAAUCCUCGCUCCGCGUGCCCAGGUGCGGAAUCGCGACCCGGCGUCGCCUUAACCCGCGAACGUCCUGCACUGCCACGGCGAACUUUGCUCUCGCUCCCGUAGACGAGAGUCGUCUUCGACCGACUCGCGCGACCCCGAGGACUACCGCGGGGAGGUGGCGCGGAAGUUGCGAGGCCGGUGGUGGCUGACCCCCAGGUCCUCGAUCAAAGGGGGAUCACCUCGGAACUCCUCCUUAAAUCGCUGUUCAAAUGAUUACCCAUUCUCAAGUCCAGCCCUCGCGAUCUCGCGCCGUUUGAUCGAUUUCUUUCCUUCUCUUUUUUCUUUAUUUUCUUUCUUUUCUUUUUGUCGUUUCUCCACAUACUCCACUCCAGUUUUCGCUGGUUCCCAACGCGCGUUCUUCUCGAGGGGAAUUCGUUAAUUGUACAUACACACUUAGGCUUUAAUCGUCGAACCGCCCCGGUUCUUCAAGGACAGGAGGAGGAAACGGUCCGUCGAGUGGGUGACAUAAUCGUGCCAGAGGUUGGGAAGAGAGUUUAUUUUUUAUUUUAUUUUAUUUUUUUUUUUUUCGUUGGUCCUGACGAGCCGCCACUGAGCCCCCGACACUUCCCCGCUGGGAAGGUAAUUGCGAAGGUGUAUUAAACACGCGAGCGUACUGCAAUACGGAUAUACUUUCUCGGACGACAUUGCCGAUUGGACGCACCCACGGUGUACGUACUCUUAGGCGAAUAUCCUCUGCGUAUAUUGGCACGUGCAUGGGUACAUGCGAAUUGUAGCUAAUCUAGGGAUUAAUAUGCUUGUAAUCGUGGGUGCGUCGAGCGGCGAUUCGGCUCCGCUUAGGUGCGCCUUCUAUUUUUUUUUCUUGCAUUUUCUAUCGUCAUUCUUCGCUCUGCGUUUCCGGGAGAGCCUCCUCGCGCGAAUUGGAGAGGAACAUCCAGGACGACGAGAGGACUCGCUCCCGAUUCCUCCUGGUUCGAGAUCCCGCCUCGAUCUCCCCCGUUAUCCCGAGAGUGGAAAAUCCUGGGCGUUGUCACGUGAUUAUUUUUAUUUAUUUUUUAUAUAUAUAUUUUUUUUUUCGGAAAAUUCCUCGACAUGGCGCGCGCACGUCCCCGUAAUUACCGCGCGGAAGGGGAGCGCGAGGGAGAGAGCGAGAGCGCGAGCGAAACCUUCGGGGGGUAUAUAUACGUAUAUAUAUGUAUAUGUAUACAUGUACGCGCGAGAGAGUAUAUACAUAUAUAUGUAAGCCGGAUCGAUAGGCGCGCCGCGUGUCGGGGGCACCCCGAGUUAAAGGGAGAUGCCGGUAGGGCCGAUCUUUAAAAAAGGAGGAGAGGGACAACCGGAGUCCCUUGGAAACGCUCGGGAGUGCUUUACCUUGAUUUAUCCGAUUUAAAGGGCCAUCGUUGAAUGAUGUGCUCCCUUUUCUUUUUUUUUUCCCCCCGGAAUAUUCGGUCCUUGCCUUGGGAGAAGCAGUUGUACACUGGGAGACAUCAAUGCCUUCCCAUCCUGCACAAGCGAUGCCGUAUCUGCAGGAGAGGCAAUCAUGUCCGCCAUUGUACACGUCGUCGGGAAUUUCAUCUCGGAGUGUGGGAGAGAAAAGGAAAAGAAAAUGAGCGCAUCUUUCGGGAUCGGUGGUUCCUUUGGAGAGGAAGUAUUCUUUUCUUUUUUAUGUAUUUUCUUUCUUUGCAAUUGUUGCUUCGCAAUUUCACCAUUACUUCCCUCCCCUCGACGUUGGGGAGGGAAGGGCAGAGCGAGAGGGAGAGAAUGAGAGGAGGACGAGGAAUGAGGGACCGAGAGGUACGCAUCGGCCGAUAUGGCGUACACAACGGUAUAAUAUUAAUAUUAAUAAUAAUUAAUCACAUGAAUGACGAUGGUUAACGAUAAUAAUUAGCUCGGAAGUACCAGCGGCGGCAACGAGGUAUAGGAAAGAGAGGAUGGGACUCGCUCGCGGGUUAUUCAUUGUUGCGCCGAUCCACAUUACCAUAAUUUAUAUACCUAAAUCGAGGGAUAAUGAAGGAAAGGAAAAAGGAAAAAGAAAAAGAACGCGAGGUAUGACCUUUACGGGAAGGAAAACGACAAGCCCUAAUUAAUGAGAGAAAGUGAGGAAGAAAGGGAGAACGCGAGGGAUCGAGAGAGAAAGAGAGAGAGAAAGAGAGAAAAUGUACUUGAGCGUAUGUGUGCGCGCGUGUGUGUGUGUGUAUCGGGAGAGGCCGCGAGUGCAUGGAGCAAACCAAAUAACUUGUAAGUAAAGAAACUUUAGAGAGACAAAUAAAAAGAAAACGCUUCACGAGUCCAACAGUUAAACGAAAGUGGGUGAGAACGCUGGUGGGAAGGAAAAGAAAGGGGGGUGGAAGAGGGAGGGGAAUGGCGAGCAAGAGCGCAAACGAUUAAGUAGGCAGACAGAGAGAGAGGACACACCUGCUACAUCACCGCUAAGGCUUAUGUACAGGGAAUUAACUAGUAUUUUUGCAUAAAUAUUAAAACAAUAGGGAGAAACGGAGAAAGCGAGGAAAAAGUGUGCGAACCACCGUGGAGAUGGGCGAGGCCGAGAAUCCGCUCCCGAUUCAAUUGUCCACGGAUUGCAGCCUAGGGACGUUCUUGCUGUUCUUAUCGUCAUUAACGUGCUUAUCAUUACGUACGUCCUUUAAUUAGUUCAAUAAUCGGAGAUGUUUGGCUCGUUUGGUGCGUUUAGGAGUUACGAUAUGGUACGUCCUGGCGUGGCGGGGGAGCGGGAAGACGAGCUCGAUUAAUAUCGAUCUUAAUAUUAAUUAUCGCGAAUGAUUCUAAGGAAAGUAAACGGUCUUGCGUCGCGAACACUGGACAAUCGAAUCGCGAAUGUCGAGUGGCGUUGCCCGUAUCUGGGAUGAGGACAAGAAAAAAAAAAUAUAUAUAUAAAUAAAAAGUAAAAAGAAAUUGUGUGAGGUCAUAGCCGGCGUACAAAGCGAGGAUAGAGAGGGCGAAGGAAUUAGCAAAAGAGGGGGGAAAAAAAAAAAGAAAACGAACGCAUGUUGACACCUUAGCGAGCUCACCGAGAUGUGACAUCCAGUGAUCUGUAUUUUUUAGCGACAUUUUCCUUUGGCUCGGCCACACACACGGAUCCCCUUAACGAAGAUAGAGCGAGAGAGAGAGAUCGAAUUAGAUGGAUAGGGAGGGUGCGUGAGAGGUAGAGAGAGGAAAAGGAGAGCAAAGGGGGACCGAGAAAAGCUUUCGAUUAUGGGACGAGUCGCCGGAGGGAGAACAAAAGGAGAACGUGCAAGCUCCGUACACAAUUGUUGGAGCCUCCUUUCUCCGUUCUCGGGAGAAAAAAAAAAUAUAUAUAUAAAUAUAUGUAUAGCCGACUGCCGACGAUUAUAUUUAUAAAACGGGGCAACGACACGGCGAGGGGGGGAGAUCGCGGGAUGCACAUAUGUGUAUGGAUUGAUGAUAAGUUUUGAGGGGGGGGGGGGAAGAAAAGGACGAAGAAGAAAAAGGUGUCGACGCGGAAAGAGAUACGAAAGGUCGAACAUAAUAGAGAUACGUUGAAUGACACACUUGUCUCCUUAGCGUCUAAUUUAUUAUUCCGGGCCGACGAGGAGGCCGUGCGAAGGUGUACGACCGACGUCGUCGCGCUUCUCUCACGCGGGUACGUGCGAGCGUGGGGGAGGCCCCGCGGCGACUGACGGAUCAGCUGACGAGCGCGGGCCCACGUGGCCGGAUCAGCUGAUCCGCGGGCCCACGUGGCCGGGUCAGCUGACCCCGACUCGACGGAUGUGUAUCAGCUGAUCGGGGAUCCGCGCGCCGAACGCGGGGGCGUCGACCUCGAGACGAGAUACGGACACCGCUCUUUUUCGCUCCGGAUGCGACGAGGCGCGGGGCGGAGAGACAAAGGACCUCGACGGCUUUUCCGCUUAGCGUCGGCCGCGCCUCGGCCGCGUGACCCUGGGCCCUGGACCCUGACCUAGGCCGCGUCCGGUGAGGCAGGUCGACUGCGCGUCGGCGAUCACACACACACACACACACACGUAGUUUUUAUUAUCUUAAAAAAUUAACGGAUAACUCUCGUAGCGAAUCGUUUGUUUCCUCCAUGUUUCUCCUCCUACACAAGUAAUUAUUCUCGUGCGUACGUUCAACAUUCCACAGAUUUUUAAAGUAACUAUUAGAGAGGGUGAAGGAGAGGUGAAAGUGUGAACGAGGGGGUGCAAGGGAGAAUGCGAGGAUGCGAGAACGUGUGGGACGGGAGAAAGUGAGGAUGAGAGAAAGAGAGAGAUGAAAGGAUUCAUAAUCACGAAAUAAUACAUUCAGCAGUUUCUGUACUUGCAGAUGCGAUUAA